GUUGGAGAUCCAAUUCCUGAGCUUACAACAUAUGGUCGUACACAUCUCUUUGCCACGAGGGAGACGACUAUACAAUGUCACUUCAACAUCGCGCACUUUUACCUGAUCCAAACAUCUAUAUUGCUUGCCUCCAGCAGAUGUUUACUGUGUUUCAUCUCCUUGAAGCAGCACAUUUCUACGUAUUUAUUGCAGCUCUAGGCAGUUUCACUGACUUCCAGCUUACAGAAUACUAUUACCUCCAUCUCCACAAUGAGAUUCUUUCCCACAAUCAUGGCAUUAGUCUUGGCAGUCAGUGCACUGCCAAACAAGGGGACCUCGACCGGGGACCUCAUGAUCAGUGCCGAUAUAGCGGCAGAAAGUACGGCGCUCGCCAAGAAUAUCGAGUGCAAUCCCAAGAUGCUGCGCGGAGCCAAUCGCGACGGCAUCAAGCAAUGCAUCAAGUAUCUGCGUAACCAAAGGGAGGCAACUUGCCUUGCACAAAGGAGCAUGAACACAUACUGCGACUUUCCUGAGAUGCGGCUCGAGGUGUGGGCGGCGGGCCUAGAGGAACGCUUGGCCGAGCAGAAUGAAGCACCUCCCUAUAACCAUAUACCGUACCAGCAGGGAGCAUCAUGUGCCGAUGUUGCGAAUGGUCUCGCGGCCAUAUUGAAAACUUGUAGCGCAGGCAAUGAUUUGGAUGUCAGCGGCACUGGCCCGGCUAUGCCGAAUGAGAACUUCAUGUUGAGGGUAUUCGCGCCCUAGACUAAGUUUUGUCAGAACCUGGCAGAAGUAUGUCAAUUUCAGCGAUAUCGAGUGUAUUAAGGGUCGCGUUUGCGAUAUUAUAG